AGCCCAAAUUCCAUAUAAACAUACCUUUCAACCCUACUUUUCCUCUCAAGCAACUACCUUCAGUUUCAACCCAGACAACCCACACAACCCACCGUUUCCAAGUUCUGAGGACGCAUUGUCCCAAUCGAUCUGAUCCUGCAAACACUUCCUCUUCAGGCUGCAUGGCACAGACUUCUACUCGCUCGCUACCUCUCGCGUACCAUGGACGGUGCGACAAACAUGAGGAAACGUCCAUCUUCUUCAAGUGCAACGGAACCCGCACAGACGGCACUCCGUGCACCUCCAGUCCGCGUUCAGAGCCGUACCACAAUUACUUGCCCACAUGCGGCCGUCAUAAACAUCAGAUGAUAGAGGCCGCACGGUGCGAAGCAAUCGAGAGUUGCGGAAAACCCUGCUAUCGACUAUCUGCGGCCGACCCCCCCUUUAACCUGUGCCUUAUACACUGCGGAGGCACAAGCACUCUUCGCUGCUACCUGAUGGAGUUGCCUGCUGAGAUUCGAAUGAUGAUACUCGGGUACGUACUCCCCGCGAAAGUGCCGGCCCGCCGUUAUCACAGGUCUGUGCCUUGGAAAACCUAUGGCCUGGACCUGGCCAUCUUGAAGAUGAACAAGCAGAUCUGCCGUGAAACGCUGGACGUGCUCUAUGGGAAAUCGGAAUUCGAGGUAAUCGUCACGCAUGACAAGAUGAGCAUGAUGGAUAGGACGUGGAAGCGGCCUAGUGCCGGCGGGUCGGUCCUAACAUGGACGCAGGUGCAUCCUCCGAGCAUCUUGCAGCGGAUUAGAAAGGUGAAACUGCGGGUCUUGCUCGGUGGUGGUACAGUCCUCCUGCCUCUUCACGUCGGAGAACCUUCUUCAUGGAUGAAUCAUAUUACAGGGAUUGACUCUUCCCUUUUCCAGUCGCGGGACAUGGUCCGCAAACUCGUUUGGGUCCUGCAAUCCAACAAGAUGACACACCUUUCCGUCGAACCCGAACUUCAAGCCCCCUCAACUUGGGAGGCCGAUGAGGUGAUGGCGGCCAUCCGCCUUGCCUUGGAGCCUUUCCGAGAACUCACUGUAUUGAAGUCAAGGAUCCUCGGUCCACUGACGGUGACAUAUCAUCGCCGUAACCGAAACUCAUCCCCAGUGACCCGCCACGUUGGAGCUCCCAAUCCACGCCGUGCUGAGGCCGAAGAUGGGGAAUACCGCCUCUACCAGCGGAACUUCUCAACCGAACUUCCCAUGCACAUGUGGUCCGGUAGGCUUCCUCUGCCUCGCCCCGCCGUGGCCGCCUUACGCUUAUACGCCGAACUGGAGCUUUUCAGCUCCGCCGUCUUCAUGAAGAACCCGUCACUGACUACACCGGCGAAGGCCUCGGACAGCGAGCCCUUUUCCGGCCUAGACCGGGUCAUGCAUCUCGCGCGCCUUGCACACGAGCAAUGCGAUCUCGUCAUGCUGGAAACUAUCAAGUCCGCCGUCCUGCAGAGAUGGUGCCAAAAUACACACGUCGCAUCUUUGCAGGGUCGGCAGGUAGGCUAUGCCGCUAGGCUGCUGCUGAGGAGUUCGCCCGUAGUGCCUCCGGCCGCUGUGCCUCCUCAGUAUGUAGACCGUCGGUGGGAUAUGUUGCGGAUGGGUCGCCCUCCUCGCUUUGCUGGGACGACGGGUCAGCAACACGCUGAGGAAUUAGUAAUGACCGAGGACGAGGCGAGGGUGUACUAUCAUCUGCCUGGACGGGGUGUGACAUGGUCGAUGCCGAAGACGCCGCAGAUGGUACGCGCUGCGAGAGAGCGGGCUAGGCAGUUACGCGGUGGGUAUGGUGGAUCUUGAGAGGCCCCGAGAAACUGCGUGCAUCAAUUUUUGGGCGUCGUCGGCUCUGAGGUUUCUCUGUCCGCCUCUACGCCGGUGCAGACAUGAGCAUGUAUCAGUAGGUGUAGGUGAAUCCACGUGGCAGGAAGGAGCGGCGGCAACGAUAUCUGUGCUUGCGUUUCAAGUGGGAAAAACGGCGGUGGUUUGGAGGCAGUUAUUCUUUAUUUCUCCAGUCAUUG